UUCCUUCGUCGUUUAUCGCCAACGUUGGUGAAGAAAAAUACCAAAACGAAGCGCCUCACCCCAUAGAGCUCUCUUGAAGCUCGUGAAGUAAUAAUCCUUCCCUUCCCAUCAAGAUCCAUCUUGCUAGCUGCUAAUGCAAAGUACUACUAGUACUAGCUGUAGCUGCUAAGGGAACCUUCAGCCUCUUCCUCUUCCUGCUUCAGCCGCCGUCACUCAAACAGCAUCCAUGCUUGCCCGGCCGGCAAGCUUACUGGGGCAAAAUUAAGGAUCGGGCCGGAUGGAUUCGCUCCUAUCUGGCGUCGAUGGCGAACUCGACCACUGCCUGCCGCCGGAUGUGCCAACCCACAGGAGGUCUAGAUCAACGGGACAUCAAAACUUCAUGAGCAGGGAGUUACAAUAUAUAAGUGCAACGAAAACAGAGUUCACACUCCAGGCGACAACAGAGUUCAAACUCCAGCUGUUAAAACAUAUUACGAAUCAUUUUUCUGAAGAGAGCAUAAUUGGCCGUGGUGGGUCUGGAAUAGUUUAUAAGGGUGUAUUGGACAAUGGGGAAGAGAUUGCCAUGAAGAAGCUCCAUCAAAUGCCUGGGCUUGACGAGAAGCAAUUUACGAACGAGUUCAAUAAUCUUAUGAGGGCCAAACAUAAGAAUAUUGUACGGUUAGUUGGCUACUGCUACUAUCUAGGACAUGAACGUGUAGAGUACAAAGGAAAAUAUGUUUUUGCUUAUGUGCAAGAAAGACUACUCUGUUACGAAUACUUGCAAGGUGGAAAUCUUGAGGAGCUUCUUUCUGAUGAAUUAUGCGGACUUGACUGGCACACAAGAUACAAAAUAAUAAAAGGUGUAUGUGAGGGUUUACAUUUUCUCCAUACAGGAUCCGAUGACCCUAUUUGUCACUUGGAUUUAAAACCGGCGAAUAUACUGCUGGACAGAGAUAUGAUACCAAAAAUUGCAGAUUUUGGUUUGUCCAGACUCUUUGCAUCCGCACAGAGCCAUAUCACAACACAAAUUAUAGGAACAUUUGGAUACAUGCCUCCUGAAUUCAUAGAAAGAGGCAAAAUCACACUGAAAUUUGACAUAUUCAGUUUGGGUGUUAUAAUUAUGAAAAUAAUAGCUGGACCUAAUGGCUACACCAAUUUUCUAGACAUGUCUUCCCAAGAAUUCAGUAAGCUGGUACAUGAAAACUGGGCGAAGAGAUUGCAUGAAACGACGCAGUCACUUGCAUCGCAAGAAAUAAAAGCAUGCAUGGACAUCGCAUCAAGAUGCGUGGAGAGGGAUGAAGAGAAAAGGCCAUGUAUAGGCGAGAUUAUCAAUGAACUGAAUAAGAUUGACAACGUCAUUAUUAACGAACCGGAUAAGAUUUAUAGUGACAUUGUGGAUGAACAAGACCAGCUUGAUGGUCACCUUGUCGAUCAAGUGCUUAAGAUUGGCAGUGACAUUGCCAAUAAAAAGGGCAAGACGGACGUGGACAUUGUCGACGAACAAGAUAAGCUUGGUACUGCCAAAACUUCAACUAAGGGCAAGAUAUCCUCGACGCUGCUGGAUAGCUCUUUUCCAACACGCAGCGUGUGGGUGAACGGCCCUAUCAUCGUCGGCGCUGGCCCAUCCGGACUAGCCGUAGCGGCCACCCUUCGAGAGCACGGCGUGCCAUUCGUCAUGUUCGAGCGAGAGGACUGCGUCGGCUCGCUAUGGCAGAAAAGCACCUACAACAGUCUCAAGCUCAACCGCCCCAAGCAGUUUUGCAAUCUCCCAAGAAUGCCACUCCCGGAUCACUUCCCGGAGUUCCUCACCCGUGCCCACUUCAUUGACUACAUGGAGCAGUACGCCGCCACGUUCAAUAUCCAGCCGGAGUUCAACAGCACCGUCGUGUCAGCGCACUUCGACGAGAUCAGUGGCUUGUGGAAAAUUCGGCCCCGGGUCAAGCACGGUGCCUCUCCAGUUUCUGUGGAGUUUGAGUACAUAGCCCGCUGGCUGGUCGUCGCCAGCGGCACAAAUGCCGAGCCGGUCGUCCCGGACAUCCCGGGCCUUUCCAGUUUCUGCGGAGAGGUGAUCCAUUCUAGCGGCUACAGGACCAGCGAGUCCUACAUCGGGAAGCGCGUGCUCGUGGUGGGUUGCGGCCAGUCCGGCAUGGAGGUGUCCGUCGACCUGUGCAACGGCGGCGCAGUCCCGUUCAUGGUGGUCCGGAAUGUGCUCGGCAUCGCCACAUUAUACCUAACCGUGCUGCUCGCCCGGUGGCUCCCGCUGUGGCUCGUGGACAAGAUCACGGCGCUCCUCGCCUGGCUCGUGCUUGGUGACCUUGCCAGGCUUGGCGUCCGGACGCCGGCAGUCGGUUCGCUCACGCUCAAGAAGACCGAUGACCGCGGGCGCUCCUGGCACGCGACGACCAGCAGGGUCAGGUCCGGUGAGAUCACCGUUGUUCCUAACGUGACGCGCUUCACCAAGUCCGGCGCCGAGCUCUCCGACGGCGGCGUGGUGGACAACCUCGACGCCGUCAUCCUGGCCACCGGCUACCGCAGCAAUGUGGCCCAGUGGAUCCAGGGCGCCAAUUUAUCCGGCGAGGAUGGUUGCCCCAAGACCUCGUUCUUCCCUAAUGGCUGGAACUGGAAGGGUCACUCGGGUCUCUACUCUGUCGGCUUCACUCGCCGUGGUCUCUUGGGCGGCUCCGCAGACGCCGUGUGCGUCGCCAAGGACCUUGCCCAGAUAUGGAAAGAGGAAGCGAAGCCGAGGAAGGAUAGAAACAGACUGCACAGGAGGUCUAUAUCAAAUUUUUCUUAGAUGAUGAUAAAAAAGAGCCGAAGUUAACAACUUAAGAUGGGAGGUUGAGUGUGAGUCCAGCCAACGGCGGGAAACUCUAGCAGAUCCCCUGUAAACGGCCGACUAUAAAGCACUUUUGCUCCUAAAAAAAUGGACAUUUCUAGCCGAUCCUCAAUACUUAGCGGAGUAAAAAUAAAACCGGUCAAGUUCAAUUAAUUUCCGGCCACCGCACUAAGUAGAUUUGCGAGCUCCCAGGGAUGGCUCUCACGGAUCACUUCCCGGAGUACCGACCGCGGCCAGAGUUGAGACUGCGUCGAAAUGCCUCUUACUAUCGAACUGUAAUAGAUUUGGUGAUUCCAUCUGUCACUUGAUCAUC